AUUUAAUUCUGUUCGUACUGGACUGAACCCGCUCUCCAAACCUGCCCUCGAACCGAAGUCUCUGAUUUCUCUUCCUUUCUUUGUGCGAUUGGCGUGGAGAAGUACCCGUGUGGUCACUUUCAGGCUCCGCUACGAGGCAUAUAUAUCUUCCUGGUUUCAAGUCUUUCGGGGAUUUCGACUUCGGAGAUCUGACCUGCCGCUCGACACCCGAGUGAGACACGCAUAAUAAGAACCCGCCAUGGCCUCCUUCGAAGACGCAAGCCAGAACUUCCUCACAUGGCUCACCAAGUGUGGAGCUGAGAUCUCGCCCAAGAUCUCUCUCCAAGACCUACGAGAAGAGCACGCAGGAAGAGGUGUCGUCGCCACGCAAGACAUCGCAGAAGAUGAACUCCUCUUCCGCAUCCCCCGCUCCGCAAUUCUCUGCGUCGAGAACUCGAUUCUGUCCACCGAGCUCCCGAAGACCACCUUCGACUCUCUCGGGCCCUGGCUCUCCCUCAUCCUCGUCAUGCUCUACGAGUACCAAAACCACGGCGCCUCCAACUGGUCCCCCUACUUCGACGUCCUCCCCACCGACUUCAACACCCUAAUGUUCUGGUCCGAAGACGAGCUCGCCCACCUACAAGCCAGCGCCGUGGUAUCCAAGAUCGGCCGCGCCGGCGCAGACGCCAGCUUCGCCAACGACCUCGUCCCAGUCAUCCGCGAAUUCGCCGACGUCUUCUUCUCAGGCGACAUGCACGCAGACGAAAAAGCCGCCGCGAUGUCAUCCCCAGAGAACAUGCAACUCAUGCACAAGAUGGGCUCCCUCAUCAUGGCCUACGCCUUCGACGUGGAACCCGCCGUACCCCCCACCCGCGCCGUCGACGAAGACGGCUACGCCUCCGAAGACGAAGAUGAAGCGCUACCAAAAGGCAUGGUUCCCCUCGCGGACAUGCUGAACGCAGACGCAGACCGCAACAACGCACGCCUAUUCUACGAAGAAUCCUCGCUCUCCAUGAAAGCCCUCGCCCCGAUCCCCGCCGGCGACCAAAUCUUCAACGACUACGGCGCCCUUCCCCGCUCCGACCUGCUACGGCGGUACGGCUACAUAACGGACAACUACGCGCCCUACGACGUCGUCGAGAUCCCGCACGCCCUCGUCCUCGACACCAUCACCACCACCGCCAUCUCCCCCCAACUCACCCCCUCCGCCGCCGAAGAAAGAGAAGCCUACCUCUCCGAGCACCCCGGCCUCACGGAAUCAGGCUACGACAUCACGCGCCUGGACCCCUCGACCCCCCUCGCCGAGUCCCUCCCCGAACUAACCCUCCUAACGAAAACACUGCUCCUGCCCGCCAGCGAAUUCGCGCGCCUCGCUUCGAAGGGAAAACUGCCACGCCUCGAGGUCGCGGACGCACAGCACGCGAAGCUGCUCCUUGAGAUCGUAAGGAGGCGGAAGGCGCAGUAUGCGACUACUCUUGAACAAGAUCUUUCCAACCCGCCGGCAGGUGGGGAGGGGGAGAGGAGGAGAGAGCAGGCGUGGAGGGUAAGGGUUGGGGAGAAGGAGAUCUUGAGGGAUGUUGAGGCGGCGUUGGAGGGGGUUGUGAAGGGGUUUGAUGAUGCUGCUGCUGCUACUGGGGAGAAGAGGAGUGGGGAGGAGGUGGAGAAUGAUGGUGAGGAGGGGAAGAGGAGGAGGGUUAGGUGA